GACGGUGUGUCGGUGCGGACAGGUGGAAGCUUCGGUCUGACGAGCUGCUGUUGUUCUUCACUACAAAGAGAGACGAGAACCGGAGAAACUCUGAGAAUUCACACCGGAACAAAACUAUGAAGCCUCGGCGGGUGAAUUUAUAAACUGUCCGCUAAUUCAGACUAUUAAUUCUGACGGUUUUUAUUUAUCUUUUUAGUGAAAAAUGUCCGAAAGACGAGAGAAAAAUCCAACAGAAACUGCGCAGUCAUAGUUUAAUGGGAGCGGUGACCUGAGCAGAUAUGGCCGCUGACGACAAGGUUGCUAUCCUGACCGACGACGAGGAGGAGCAGAAGAGGAAGUAUGUUCUGGCCGAGCCCUUCAACACGCUGUCGAUGGCUCGGCAGGAUGACGUCUCGGAGGCUCCGCCCCACCAGACGGCGGCGUCGCAGCCCGACUCCAUCGACUGCUGCGAGCGCAUGUGUCUCCGCAUCAACAGCCACCUGCUGGUCUCCAAAGUCUUCUACUUCUUCUUCUACGCCGCCUACGGCUCGCUGCACCCGCUGCUGCCCGUCUACUACAAGCAGCUGGGCAUGUCGGCCAGCCGCAGCGGGCUGCUGGUCGGCAUCCGCUACUUCAUCGAGUUCUGCAGCGCCCCCUUCUGGGGCGUGGUGGCCGACCGCUUCAAGAAGGGGAAGGCCGUGCUGCUGUUCUCCGUCCUCUGCUGGCUGUUCUUCAACUGCGGCAUCGGCUUCGUCAAACCGGCCGAGAUGAAAUGCGAGGAGAUCGGAGCGUCUCCCAUGACGACGCUGCCGCCCCUGGAGACGACGACGCUCCCUCAAAGAAACGCCACCAAUCAGAGCAGCUCCACCAACCGCACCAGGAGCCGCCGGAGCCUCCUGGACCUGCCUGUACUUCCUGAGCUCCUGGACUCGUACUUCAGCGUCCUGCACAGGUUCAGACGGAGCGACGACACCAACGCCACCUCGCCUCAUGUCGCCACCCAGCCACCACCGAACACCACCCUGCAGACCACCACCACCCCGACCACCACCUCCAAGAAGGAGUUCCAGAUCAUCUACAACCAGGACCAGGUGGAGACCAUCUUCCUGCUCAUCCUGCUCGUCAUCAUCGUGGGCGAGUUCUUCAGCGCCCCCGCCGUCACUAUCGUGGACACCGUCACGCUGCAGUACCUGGGUAAAGCCCGCGACCGCUACGGCCUGCAGCGGAUGUGGGGUUCUCUGGGUUGGGGGGUGGCCAUGCUGCUGGUGGGCAUCUGGAUCGACCACACCCACCUCAGCGUCCUGAUCGACGGCGUCGGCUGCGUCCUGCCCGACUACCGGCUGCACAACUACCAGAUCGCCUUCAUCGUGUUCGGCGUGCUGAUGGGCGUGGCCUUCAUCGUGGCCACGCAGUUUUACUUUGAGAAGGGCGACGACUACCAGCAGGAGCUUCCCGAGGUGGUGGAGGACUCGGCCAGCCCUCGGACCUCCACACCCGAGUCCGGCUUCUCGGAGCAGACCCCCAUCAGCCCCGACCAGGAGUUCCACUACAGCGACCUGCUGAAGCUGCUGUGCAGCGUCCGCUACAGCUCCGUGCUGUUCGUCGCCUGGUUCAUGGGCUUCGGCUACGGCUUCGUCUUCAGCUUCCUGUACUGGCACCUGGAGGACCUGAAGGGAACCAACACCCUGUUCGGGGUUUGCUCCGUCCUCAGCCACAUCUCAGAGCUCGCCGCUUAUUUCACCAGCCACAAGUUCAUCGAGCUGGUUGGACACGUCAGAGUUCUGUACAUCGGCCUGGCCUGCAACACGGCCCGCUACCUGUACAUCUCAUACCUGCAGAACGCCUGGACGGUGCUGCCCAUGGAGGUCCUUCAAGGUGUGACCCACGCCUCGGUUUGGGCGGCUUGUAUCUCCUUCCUGAGCGCCGCGGUGCCGCCGGCUCUGAGGACGUCGGCUCAGGGGAUCCUGCAGGGCCUCCACCUCGGUUUGGGUCGCGGCUGCGGAGCGACGGUCGGCGGAGUGUUUGUCAAUUAUUUCGGCGCUGCAGCGACGUUCAGGGGAAUCGGCAUGGCCUCCCUCGUCAUCCUCCUCGUCUUCUCCUUCAUCCAGUGUCUGACUGGAGACGAUGAAGGCAAAGAGGACAAGAUGUUGGCGGAGAACAUCCCGGUUCCGUCCAGCCCGGUUCCCAUCGCCACCAUCGACCUGGUGCAGAGCCAGACCGCCGCCGGCAGCCCGUCUCCGGCUCGCCAGGCCGCCGUGCUGCCCGUGAAGAAGAUCAAACACCAGGAGGACCAGGAGGACGCCAACCGGCCGGCCUGGGUCCUCUCCGGAGCCCCCUGGGUCACCAUCGCCUUCGCCGUCGUCCAGAUCCGGGAGAUGAUGAACGUGAGGAAAGGCAGCGGGCCGCCGCCAGAGACCCAGCCUCUGCAGGUACCUAGUGAGCAGGCGUCAGCUGAAUCGCAUGGAAACCAUAGCGACAACGCCACGGAACCAACGGCAGAACUGCCUGCAACGCUGGACAGCACCCACCCAGCACCCACAGACUCUAACGAUCACCCUCCUACCUCAGGAGGGCCGCAAGAAAACCCAGCAUUCACAGCGGAAAACACACACUGACUGCGCUUAGAUUUAAUUUAUACACACCGAGCUUCAAGCUUCUGCACGCUCUUUAAAAGUCAGUGUUAAAAACUGCUGCUGUGGUGUUUGAAAUGAACCCACUGCAGCUUAUAUUACAUAAACACUGUAUUUGUGGAGAUUAUUGGAAACAUUUGUGCUUAGUCUCGCACAAAAUGAGGCACAAAUGUCCAGAAAAUAUCCUGUAAUGCUGGAAAAAAUGUUUUUAUGUUGUUGAAAUGAAUGAUUUUUGCGGCGGGGACUUUGGUUUAAAUGUGGAGGUGGAUUUGGCAGCAAAUCACCUCUGUGCACUAUUAUUAUUAUUAUUAUUAUUAUUAUUAUUAUUAUUAUUAUUGUUGUUAUUAUUAACUGCCGGUGGAGUGUGAAGAGAAACCUUCAAAUAUAAAUGUGCCUCUUGAUAACUUAUUCAACUUAAUGUACUUAAAAAGUGAAGAAAAUCUAAAGUUUUAUUCAUGAAAUGGCGCUUAAAAGAAGUGACAAUAUGCAGCUUUAGCAAAAUAAAAGCAAAAAAGUUACCAAAAUAAAGUGCAUUUAAUAACUUAGUAGUAGCUGAGGUUAUCCUCUGACACGAAUUAUAAUAUUUGAGAGAUUUUUAAAUCGCAGUAAGGAUUUUUCAUGUACAGUUUUUAUACCGACAGUAUCACUGUGGACUGGCCGCACUGUGCAACUCAUUUCACAAUAAAAGCCUCUCGGUUUCUCCCCCUGGCUGGAUGCUUUUAGUUUGAAGCAGCAGCAGAAGGAGGUUUUAGUGUUUGCAGUAAUUUAAUCCAUAAAAAUCAAUCAGCCUUCUUGUAUUAUAUGGAUAUUAGAGAUUCAAAAAAGAUACCAAAAUGUUAAUAAAUAUGAGAAAUGCAAUUGCUAAGCAGAGUGUAGUGACUUUACACUAAUGUGAGUCGUUAUCUUCCAAAAAAAUCUGUAUUUUAUGGUCAGGGGGAGUUGGUGUCUCAGUUGUAUACGUCCGAUUAUUAUUGUGAGCUUUUAAAAAGCCCAAAUGCUCUGCAGAUAUUUCCAAAAUUCCCAAAGAUUCCUGUAAACAUUUAAGUAAAACUAAGAAAUAUUUUUUUUCAUUUACAUUUUUUCAAUACCAAUUAAAACUGACUUAUGCAUAGUAACACAAAAUAAAUGUUUAAUUUUUUUCCAUGUUGCACAAAUUCAACAAAAUAGCGUCUUUUUUGGCCACCAUAUUAAUAAACAGUGUUUGUUUUGACGUUUGUAUCUGAUUUAGCAAAAUACAAAGAAAAUAAAUGAAUGAAAACAGUCAUAAAAUAGAGUAAAUGUGACUUUAAAAGAAAACAAUUCAAAACAAUUAAAUUUGUUGGUUUAUUUUUUAAAAAUUCAACAUGUUUGGAUGGCAAGGAGAAAAAAGCUGCAAUAUUUAGCACAAACAAAUAGAUUUUGCCAGCCUUUCAAGUUAAAUAAACUUUUUUGCAAAAAUAUCUUAGAACAUGCUUAAAUUUAUUUGAUUAUUACUGACGUUUUUUGCAGAAUUACAUCAUUUUCUGACUCCAAUAUGUGGUCUGGUGGAUAGAUAUCACUCUAGGACUUUGAUAAAAUGGUAUUUUGUGAUUUAUUUAUGUGAAUUUAAUCCGUUUUCAGUGCAGUUUUACACAUUUAGACCAUUAAAAAGACCUUUCUUUCAGAUUUUGUCACUUCUUUUAAAUGGAAAAUCAGAUUUUUGAACGUUUGAUUCCCACAUAGGAGCACACGGUGACGAUGAAGUGCCUCUUUUUCAGCCUCUUAAUCAUUGUUAUUAGAACUUCUUAUGAAGCGAUGUCAAGCAAAGACCCCUUUACCGUAGAUCAGUCCGAUGUUUUUAUACCUAAACUGCCAACAGCCGAUGCUCUCCGCUUCUUUGAUUUUCAUGCCAAACUACUCCCAGUAUUGUGUGUUUUCAUGUCGUCUGUGUAGAAAAAAAAAACUAAGAAAUUCUGUUUACUGUAUGGUUAAAGGACAUUCUGGAACAAGAAGGAAGAAAAUUUAAUGUAAUCUGUCAGUUGUUUUGGUCUGUGUUUGUGUCCUGAUGACCAAUUUCAGCCCUUUAAUACAGAAAAGAACUGUGGCUAACACUAA